ACAAACGCAAUGUCGACGCUGGAGGGAGAUUUGAGAGGCGCAUGGAGACCACAGUCGGCCUCAAACUUUGUUGACGGCUUCUGCUGUUGAUAUAUUUCUUGCUUUAUGGUCAUAAUUUACUUUUGGCCGUAAUGGAGACGGACAGUGACAUACAAACGACGGCGAGGGGGUUCCACUGCGCCCUCUGCAAUGUCAACUUACCAAACCUGCCCAGUGUGGAUCAGCAUGUCAAAGGACGGAAACACCAAACGUUGAGCACUGUGCGGGCCACCAGAAAGAACCAGGAGCAGCACAGUGUGUUUGUCAGUGGCAUCAAGCCUGACAUCUCUCAGACUGACAUAGCCGAGCACUUUCAGCAGUUUGGGCCAGUCUCAGAUGUUAUCAUGGAUAAAGACAAAGGUUUAUACGCCAUUGUGCAGUUCACUGGGUCUGACAGCAUACAGGCGGCCCUGUCCUGUGUCGAGCACAAGAUGAAAGGCUUGAAGCUGCGUGUCAAACCCAGGGAGAAGAAGGACUUCAAGUUGAUUCCCAAGAAGAACGACUCCCAGAACCUCCAACAAGCUUUUGAACGUCUCAAACCACAGCUGUGCCAGUUGGUGUCUGUGGAUGCGCAGAUGCAGUACGUCAUGGAGAAAUUUCAGCUUGGAGAAAAUGAAAAGAAAGCCAGAGGCUUGCUGGUUCAACUCCUGCAAGAGGUUUUCGUGGAGUUUUUUCCAGACAGCCAGAUUCAGCCAUUUGGGUCCUCUGUCAACACUUUUGGCAUCCACUCCUGCGACUUGGACUUGUUCCUGGAUCUGGAAAAUACCAAGGUUUUCCAGGCUCAUGCCAAGACUACCACAGAACAGGCCAUGGAGGGCACCUCAGACGAUGGGCGCUCUGAGGACUCCAUCCUCUCCGACAUUGACCUGUCCACUGCCUCUCCGGCUGAGGUCCUCGACCUUGUAGCAGCGAUCCUUAGACGCUGCGUCCCCAGCGUGCACAAAGUUCAGGUGGUCAGUAGUGCUCGCCUCCCCGUUGUCAAGUUUCAUCACCGCCAGCUUAACCUCCAGGGGGACAUCACCAUUAACAACAGACUGGCAGUGAGGAACACCCGCUUCCUCCAGCUGUGCUCAGGGGUGGAGGAGAGGCUAAGGCCUCUGGUGUAUACCAUCCGCUACUGGGCCAAGCAGAAGCAGUUGGCUGGUAAUCCCAGUGGUGCUGGUCCUCUGCUCAACAACUAUGCUCUGACACUGCUGAUCAUUUUCUACCUGCAAAACUGUGAUCCACCCGUCGUCCACACAGUUGACCAGCUUAAAGACAUGGCCUGUGAGGAAGAAGAAUGUGUGAUUGAGGGCUGGAACUGCACCUUUCCUAGUCAGCCUAUUGCUGUGCCCCCCAGCAGGAACACGCAGGACCUCUGCACCCUGCUCUCAGGCUUCUUCUCCUUCUAUGCCAAGUUUGAUUUUGCCAGUAAUGUCAUAUCUGUCAGGAAGGGCGGUGCACUCCCAAUCACUGAUUUCCUCAGCCAGGAUAAAGAGGAGGAGACCAUGCAUGAGGAAAAACCCACCAAGACCCAACCCCACGGCCCCAAACUGGGCCCCCUAAAUCUCCUGGACCCCUUUGAGCUCUCCCACAACGUCGCCGGAAACCUGAACGAACGCUCUCAGCGCAACUUCCAGAGAGCAUGUCAGGAGGCUGAAAAGUACUGCCGCAGCCUGCAGUACCAGCGCAAAUCCACCAAGGGGAAAUCAUGGGGGCUGGUGCGCUUAUUCAGCCCCCACGGGGAGGUCCUGCAUGCCAAAGCAGGGCAGCUGACCAUCAGCAUCCCCUUCAAAUCAGCGUCGCUCCCUGAAGUGCUGCGUAAUCAGCUGCACAUGGCGGGAGAUAGCUUCCGCCUGCUGUGGUUUCAGAAGGUCUGCUCUGCUGUGGAGGGGGUCUUCCGAAGUGUUCUCAGGUGUCACCUUGCCUCCUCCACAGGCGACGAUUCAGCUGUUGAUGCUGCUGUGGAAAUGGAAACCACGUCAGCUUCCCUCAACACAUCAGUAAAUGACAGUUGUGACAGUGUUGAAUCCCAAAAUGAAGCCAGCCCUCUGGGUAAGGCUGUAACCGGUGCCAAGAGGCAGCUAUCUUCUGGCAGCGAUGCCUCUGUGUCGCCUCAAGGCAAAAAGCCAAGAUUGGCAAAAAGAGGCAAGCUUGAGUCCCCUCGCUGGAUCUGUGUGCAGAGGCACAUAGUGUGGGCUGGCAGGAGGAAAGUGAGAAGGGAACUGAUCAAAGAUGCAGACUCAAGGCCAGAGGGCAGCUGCAUGGAGCUGGAGUCCCAGGUCACAGCGCACAUCAUUGAAAAAGAGCCAGAGCUCAAGGAGCCCCUGGAGUUCAAGGUCCAGCCCCAGAUGGUGGGCGAGACUGAAAGCACAAAGGCAGUGCUCAAGCUGGAGCCAACCAGCGACAAGUCAGCAGUUUUUCAAGACUUCUUUCAUUUCCUGGAAGCCUUCUUACCUAAGAUGGUGGAGACGCUGCUCCAGAAAGAAGUGGUUUAAAAUGCGACCUGAUGCAGAUAUGUCCAUUAAAUCUAAGCAUUUAGGAUUUUUUUUUUUUUGCUUUUUUACUUAAAAAAAAAAGACAUAACAGCACUUGUAUUAACCCUUAAGAGUUGGACUUAAAACAGCAGCAACUGUGGCUUUCUGUUGAUCGCGUAUUGAUUGUCAUACAUGUAAAUGUUGGCUCUGCCCCAAUCUCUAGUUUAAUGUUUAAAUGUAUAUUUUUACUUAUUUUGUUUGUUCACAAGAUUUUCUAAUGAAGCCCUACUUUAAUAUUUGAGAUGUGAUUGGAUACAUUUCUGUUUAAAUGAUGAAGUUUAAAGGGAAACUUCAGUGGCAGACUUUGGAUGUACACAACAUUUGAUGCUGUCUUCAAAUGAAUAAAAAAGUCUUUGUAACACA